AUGGACUUCUCGCUACCCCCCGAUCUCAUACAGUUUCUGAAAGACCUUGACGCUUUCAUUGAACGCGAAAUCCUCCCCCUUCAGAAUCGAAACGACAACAUCCGCUUCUUCGACCACCGUCGCGAGCAUGCUCGUACAAAUUGGGAUGCGGGAGGUCUCCCAUCCGACGUCUGGGAGGACCUUCUAACCGAGGCUGUACGUCGGGCAGAUAAAGCUGGUUUCUAUCGACUUGCCUUUCCUAAGGAAUACGGGGGACAAGAGGCUACUAACCUGUGGAUGGCCGUUAUCCGGGAACAUUUAGCUGCCAAGGGGUUAGGGUUGUUCAAUGAUUUGCAGAAUGAACACAGUGUUGUUGGGAAUGCACCGGACGUAGUGAUGUUGAGAGGUUUUGGGACGAAAGAACAAAAGAAACAAUUCAUCUGGGGAAGGAUAGAGGGAAGAACCAAAACCACCUUUGGAUUGACGGAACCUCACCAUGGCAGUGACGCUACACAUAUGGCCACCAAGGCUGUGCGGGAGACCAGAGGGGGUGUUAAAGGUUGGAGACUUGACGGUACGAAGAUGUGGCAGUCAGGACAACAUAAAGCGACACAUUGUAUUAUUUUUGCGAGAACGAGCGGGACGUCUGGUGAGGCGAAGGGCAUCACUGCUUUCUUUGUCCCUGCCAAAGCACCAGGCGUGAAGGUAUUGAGCUACCAGUGGACGUUCAAUAUGCCCACUGACCACGCAACUGUCGAGCUGGCAAACGUAUUCGUACCUGAUUCGGCUGUCUUCGGCCAAGUUGAUAAAGGUCUUGCGAUAGCGCAAUCCUUCGUACACGAAAACCGUAUUCGUCAGGCAGCUUCGUCUCUAGGUGCCGCCACAUAUUGCAUCAAUGAGACUGUCAAGUACGCCCGUCAAAGAAAACCCUUUGGCGAAGAGCUGGCAAAAAAUCAAGCUAUCCAAUUUCCUCUCGUGGAAUUGGCUACCCAGGCUGAGAUGCUCAGAUUGCUCAUACGCAAAACGGCCUGGGAGAUGGACCGGAUGCCGCAAAAGGAUGUUGAGAAGAUGAUAUCUGACAAGGUUUCUAUGUGUAAUUACUGGGCGAAUAGGCUCUGUACGGAGGCGGCAGAUCGUGCUAUGCAGGUUCAUGGUGGUAUUGGUUAUAGCCGGCACAAACCAUUUGAACAGUCGGUCCCACAGACGUAA